AUGCAUGCAACCGCAGCAAUUUUGUGUGUCUUCCUCGGUUGUUGCAGCAAUGUUGUUUUUCUGGAGCUUCUUGUUAAAGAAGAUCCUGGAAGUGGAAACCUUAUUACAUUUUCACAGUUCCUUUUUAUAUCAAUAGAAGGAUUUUUAUUCACUUCAAAAUGUGGGAAUGCAAAACGCAAUAUAGGAAUAAAGGAUUAUUUUGUAUUGGUAACCAUGUUCUUCAUUACAAAUGUUUGUAACAACUAUGCAUUUGAUUUUAACAUACCUAUGCCAUUGCAUAUGAUAUUCAGAGCUGGUUCUCUGAUAGCGAAUAUGAUUAUGGGUAUUAUUAUUUUAAAGAAAAAAUAUGUGUUCAGCAAAUAUUUAUCAGUGUUUAUGAUUACUCUGGGUAUUGCUAUUUGUACAAUCGUGAGUGGUAAAGAAAUUAAAUCACUGCAAGCUAAGAGUGGUGAACAAGUUCUUACAACACCAUUUGAAGACCUGUUUUGGUGGAUAUUGGGUAUAUCAUUAUUGACUGUUGCAUUAUUUGUUUCUGCCAGGAUGGGCAUUUAUCAAGAAGUAUUACAUGAAAAGUAUGGAAAAAAUGCAAGAGAGGCAUUAUAUUAUACGCACUUACUGCCUAUGCCAUUCUUUUUAACAUUGGCUCCUAAUAUCUGGGAUCAUUUUACAUAUGCACUUGCUUCAGAACCAAUGUAUCUAUCAAUAAUUAAUUUACAUGUACCAAAAUUAAUUGUGUACCUUAUAGGAAACAUUCUAACACAAUACUUGUGCAUUAGUUCUGUUUUCGUAUUAACAACAGAAUGCACAUCUCUCACUGUAACGUUAGUAAUAACGUUAAGAAAAUUUUUAUCUUUAAUUUUCUCCAUAGUGUAUUUUCAAAAUCCGUUUACGGUGUACCACUGGAUUGGUACACUCCUUGUCUUUUUAGGAACAGUGAUUUUUACAGAAAUAUUACCAAAGAUUUCAGAAAGUCUGUGGCCUGAAGGGAAAGUAAAGAAGGUGCAAUAA